UUCACAAAUGUUUUUAGAUUACAAUGGCACAGAUUAUUCUUACCAGCAGUAUAAUAACUUCAGUGAACGGUGUCAGAUGUUUGACUUAAAUACAAAUAUGAGCUACUGGAAUUUAACUUGCGACACACCAGUGGACUAUGUAGAACCACUAUACGGAUAUUGUAUGCCAUUUCUGCUUGUGAUAACAGUAGUUGCAAAUUCUUUGAUUGUACUUGUACUGAGCAAGAAGAGCAUGGCAACGCCGACAAACUUUGUAUUAAUGGGUAUGGCAAUAUGUGAUAUGCUGACUGUUAUUUUUCCGGCACCUGGCCUUUGGUAUAUGUACACUUUUGGUAAUCACUAUAAACCUCUACAUCCGGUAUCCAUGUGCUUGGCUUACAGUAUUUUUAAUGAGAUAAUGCCUGCUAUGUGUCACACGGCGUCCAUAUGGUUGACUCUGGCUUUAGCUGUGCAAAGAUACAUUUACGUUUGCCACGCUCCAAUGGCUAGGACUUGGUGCACUAUGCCGCGCGUAAAACGUUGUACACUAUACAUUGCGAUUUGUGCAUUCCUGCAUCAGAGCACACGUUUUUUCGACCGCACAUACUAUCCAUUGCAGAUUGAAUGGAAUGGCCAUCAUACAGAAGUCUGUCAUGUGGAAACAUCAAAUUGGGUGCAUAUUUAUGUUGGCGAGGAUUUAUAUUUUACAUUAUACUUUUCAUCUCGUGUGCUGUUUGUGCAUCUCUUGCCCUGCAUCAUACUGGUGACGCUGAACAUACUACUCUUCCGAGCGAUGCGUCAGGCGCAGGAACGACGCAAAUUGCUAUUCCGCGAAAACCGCAAGAAAGAAUGCAAAAAGCUACGUGAAUCGAAUUGCACCACACUGAUGCUGAUUGUUGUUGUUACCGUAUUUCUCAUUGUAGAGAUACCGAUUGCUGUGGUAACACUAAUGCAUAUUGUGUCCUCGUUGCUUAUAGAAUUUCUGGACUAUCGCAUUGCGAAUAUUUUCAUUAUGUUCACUAAUUUCUUUUUGGUUGUAAGCUAUCCGAUUAAUUUUGGUAUUUAUUGCGGUAUGUCACGUCAGUUCCGCGAGACGUUCAAGGAGAUCUUUCUGGGUAGAUUGGCGGUCAAAAAGGAUAACUCUUCGAAGUAUUCUAUAGUUAAUGGACCACGUACCUGUACCAAUACCAAUGAAACGGUGCUCUAGUAAAUGGUGCUGUUGGUGCCAUACCGCAGUAAGCAUCGACGAAGUGGUGUGGGAACUAAACGAAGGUGUGGCACCACCAGUUGUACGAGUACCCAACAACUGAAGGUAGAGUUUCAAAUUGAGCCAAUGAGUGCGACUAAAGUUUUGUAAUUACAAUUGUAAACAUUUUCAAUGAAAUUAUUUAAUAAGUUGCUUAGUAUACGUAUAUAGCAUAUAGGUAGGAGGGAUGUGUGUGUAACUGAAAUUUGGAAUUGACUGUGCUGUAUUCAAAUUAAAUUAAAUGAAUGAAAAUAUAAGAAAAUUAACUUUACUUUAAGAUUUUGUACAUAUAAAGAUAUGAAGCUUGGUGUUGUUCUUAGUAUAAAAAAUAAAAUUCAUGUUUACGCAUUUGAAAGGCACAUUGUAAAUAUUGAACAAAGGAAUUAUACCGCAAGGAUUUUGUUUUCCCUGCAGUAAAAACUUUUCCAUGCUGUGCUUACUGAGUUCCGAAAUACAUUUUCAGCAUGUAAAAUUUGUGCAAAAUUGCUCAAAGAAUUAUUUAUAUAAUAAAAAAAAUGUAAAAAAUUCGCUUACAUAAAAAUAACUGACAAGCAAACUUUUGCUCCCCAUUUUCCUAUUUCCUACAAGGAAAAUCAAUUUUUAUUAUUUUUACAAUUUUUUUCAAUUUUUUUUCAAUUUAUCUGCUCUGGUUUAUAUCAAAACUUCAACUUUGCCAAAUCAAUUAUAUAUUUUACUGCUUUUCUUUCUGGCUUAUAUGCAAUACAAAACACAAUUGUAAAUAUAAAAUUAUUUAAAACGAUUUGCGAAGUAAGUCCUAAGCAUGAGUUUAGAUACCAUUUUUAUAUCAAAAAUUUGACUGCAUUUGAUGAGCUUGUCCAUGGGUCUUCAGGUAAGGAGUAGUCAGAAGUUUAGGGUGUAUUUUUUCUAUAUAUUUUCUAUAUUGUAAUGCUUUCCACUAAGCUUAAC